CACAGAACAGAACCUGCUAAGCUAAAGCUAGGCAGUCAGCUAGUGUCGGAAGACGAGCUUUUUCUUUUUUUUCUUUCUUUCUUUCUUUAGGUGCGCUUUAAAAGAAGGGGGAGCUUCACUUGUUUACACGGAACAAGUGAGGAGGACGUAACACUAACACGAGGAGCGACGCCAAGCUUAAAGAAUUGACAAAAAAAAAAAGGUGGUUUGUCGAGAGCUCUCGGAAAUGCAGUCUGCGGUAAGGCAAAACCUCCACGCAGAGUGUGAAGGCGACAUCAACAAACUCAUCAACCUUAAGCUAAAUGCAUCCUACACCUACCUUUCUCUGGGCAUGUAUUUUGACAGGGAUGAUGUUGCCCUGUAUAAAUUCUCCAGUUUCUUCUUGGAGCUCUCAAAAAAAGAGCGAGAACAUGCUCAGAAGCUGCUGGAGUACCAAAACAUGAGAGGGGGUCGUAUUUUGCUGCAGACUAUUGCUAAACCAAGUCGAGAGGAUUGGAGAGGUGGUCUGGAUGCCAUGUCUUUCUCCCUGGACUACCAGAAAGCCAUGAAUACUUGUAUUCUGGAUGUCCACCGCAAGGCUGACACUCGUACUGACCCCCAUCUUUGCGAUUUCCUCGAGCAGCAAUUCCUCGACGACAGCCACGAGACCAUCAAGAAGCUGGGCGACUACAUCGGCAGCCUGAAACGCAUCACGGCCUCCGAAAGCCACGGCCCCUUGGGAGAAUACCUCUUUGACAAGCACACCUUGUAAAGAUCCCACUCCUAAAAGCAAGAACCAAGCCUGUUGCCUCUGUCAAGAAGGCGGAGAAAUAUUUUUAUCUUUUGAAGCAAUGUCAUACCCGAAAAUACCUCAAACCUCCUGUAUCCCACGCUAGUUAUGGUGCUCAGAAGUCGUAUUUUCCUACAUUCCUAUGGUCAAACAUUGAAUAAACUACACUUAUGCCAGCAAUU